CUUCGUGCCCUCGCUGGUGCGGUUGCGAAAAAAAGGGAAUUGUUGUCGAAAUCAGCAGGCGGUUCCCGCAGGAAAGAAGACUUGGGCAAUCAUGAGAAAUGGACACCGUGCGACAGCGCUCAAUUCGGUGCCUUGUUGCGACAGUUUGAACAAGAUAUUUUCGAGUUAAAGGACUUUGCGGGGAAGCAGAAGGCAGACAUACGCGAAAUUGGAAAAAGCAUGAUCAAAGGCAAUUUAUAUGCAGCUGGUACAAGGAGAGAGGAAAUUGCUCGUUUCAAUAAGGCUAAGAGUGACAAUGAAUUUUCGAAGAUGCUUAAGUCCAGGACGCUUGGUCCAGAACAUUUAGAGAAUCAGACGCAACUUCGAAGAAAUAUCCGAGCUAUGCGCACCAAGGUAGAUCAACUCGAGGAUCAACUGCGUGCACAUAAAAAGCGACUCAGUGAGGUCAAUACUGGCCGGCCCACCCUGAAACCCCCGUCGUUGGACACAAUCCAUCGCACAUAUCGCAACAUUGAUAUAGCGUUACAACAACAAACCGAUGAGGUGGCGCAAUUGAGCGCAAGAUUUCUGAAGUUAAAUGUAGCUGCGUCUACAUAUAACUCUCCAGCCACUCGAGAUCCUCGACUUCCCUCGUUCUCUCCUCGUUCCCGACCGUCUAUCCUCACACCUGAUGUUGCGGUAACAACUGCGGCGGCUCUGAACGCUGAACGCUCAGCACAUAAACUUAAAACUAUGUUGCUCAAGGCCAGAAAAGAACCGCUCCUGAAUGUCAAAGCAAAGGAACUUGUGGAAAGCGGGGAAAAGGUUCCGAUAGCUUACACAACACCAAAACUAUCGAGCGGCUUUCCUUCGAUGAAUUCUGGCGUGGGAAUACAAUUCGAUACUCCGAUUAUACAUGGCCCACUUUUUGCUGGAGUUGCUCAACCUUCGUCUCCUGAUAUAGGGAAGUGGGACACGUUGUCUUUCCCAGAGGACAAUUUCCACCCCUCAACCCCGUCAUCUUCUGGCGGGCGAAGAGGCGGUCCACCGCAAAGGAAACAUGGGCCUGCACCUUCGGUCAAAAAAAGUCCUGCUCCGGGCUCUCCUGAAGUCACCGGGCUCCCUAAGGCCUCACCUGCAGCAUCUUUCAGUUGGGGUCCACUUCCGACAUUUAACAGACCAUCGUCGGGAUUGCCUGGAUUUGACAAAGUCAUAUCCAAAUCUCCUUCAUCGGUAACUCAAGGUUGA